AUGGACAUUGAAACAACUGAUGAGGAGCCAGUCGUUAUUAAUGAUGAUUAUGACAAAACGCAGCCGAUCAUCAUGAAUCCAAAUGUAUCAAUGUGGUUUGCUAUAUAUUCUGGUACCAUCUUUCAAGAUCGGCCUACUUAUGGAUUUCUUGAACAGGUUGUCGAACUCGAUUUGUAUUCCGUGCUGGAGGUAGUACAGCCAAAAAACGGUGAAUAG